AUGAGUUGCCCGGAGGGGCACCCCAGCCUGGGGCUCCUGGACCAGUACUCCCAGGGGUUCAUGGUUUCCCAGGUUCUCUUUGCCGCGUGCGACCUGGGAGUGUUUGACGUCCUCGCCGAGGCCCCGGGGCCGCUGGGAUCGGAAGCAGUGGCCGCACAUCUGGGCACCAGCUCCCGGGGGAUGGAGCUGCUGUUGGACACCUGUGUGUCCCUCAAGCUCCUUCAGGUGGAAACGAGGGGAGGAAAAGCUUUGUAUGACAACACAGAGCUCUCCAGCACCUACCUGGUCCGGUCCAGUCCCAGGUCCCAGCGCCACAUGAUGCUCUACUUGGCCAGGACGACCUACCUGUGCUGGGCGCACCUGGCCCAGGCCGUGAGAGAAGGGAAGAACCAGUAUCUGAAGGCGUUUGGGGUUCCCUCAGAGCAGCUCUUUACCGCCAUCUACAGGUCCGAGGGGGAGCGGCUGCUGUUCAUGCAGGCCCUGCAGGACGUCUGGAGUGUCCAGGGGAGCCGUGUGCUGGCUGCCUUUGACCUGUCACCAUUCCCGCUCAUCUGUGACCUUGGGGGUGAGCGCCUCCUGGACCCUCAGGGGUUGAUGGGGGCUGCUCAGACCUUCCUCUCUGCCCGCCACCCUCUGUGUCCACUCCCAGGCUGUUCUGGGGCUCUGGCCAAGGCGUGUGUUUCUCUGUACCCGGGGUGUCGGGUCACCGUAUUCGACCUCCCAUCCGUGGUGCAGACGGCAAAGGAUCACUUCCUGUCCCCCGAGGAAGGACCCAUCAGCUUCCAGGAAGGCGAUUUCUUUAAGGACCCCCUCCCGGAGGCCGAUCUCUACAUCCUGGCCCGGGUCCUACAUGACUGGCCCGAUGAGAGAUGCUCUCACCUGCUGGCGAGAAUCCAUGAGGCCUGCAAGCCAGGUGGUGGGGUCCUGGUCGUCGAGAGCCUCCUGGACCCCGACGGGCGGGGACCUCUGACCACGCAGCUGUACUCGCUGAACAUGCUGGUGCAGACGGAGGGCCGGGAGCGGACGCCCGCCCAGUACCGGGCUCUCCUGGCUGCGGCCGGCUUCGGGGACGUGCAGUGCAAGAGGACCCCGGGCACGUAUGGCGCCAUCCUGGCCAGGAAGUAGCGCCCCCUACGGGUGUGCUGCUGCUAUUGACACGCAAAAGUAGUCACCGGCGUGUCUCAGGGGUUGGUUGAGUGUUGACCUAGG